GUUCUCUUCCGCCGGCCAUUCUUAGACUGUGAGCAGUUUUACGGAGACCGGUAAAACAAAAAAACAGGUCAGCAUGUCUCAUCCGUUGAUGCAGGAAUCUAUUUGGUUUGAAAAGUUCAGAUGUGAUGAUGCAGAAAGGAAUUAUGAAGAACACCUUGCAAAGCAACACUCUGGAUUAGUUGUACAGGGCUCCACCAGUAAGCUAGUGAGCGAAAUUGCCAGAGCCCGACAGAACAUCCAAAACACUCUUAAUUCUACUGGUGGUACUGGAUUAGCUGUUGGCCUUGCAGUGGAAAAUAGUCAAGUCAGUGAACUGAAACAGAGAUUGAGUGUGGUAGAACGAGAGAAUAAGGACCUCAAAAGAGUCACCCAAGAUCUUCAGGCAGCAGUAUCUAAACUACAGUCUAGAGUGAUCGCAUUAGAGAAAGGCAGUCCUGCUGCUUCAUCUCCAGCACCAGCUACAAAGGUUGAGGAAAAGGAAGAAAAUGGUGAGGAAGAAGAAGAUGAUGAUGACAACGACGAUGAUAUUGAUCUGUUCGGUUCUGAUGACGAUGAAGAAGCUGAGAAUGUGAAGCAAGAACGUUUAAAAGCAUAUGCUGAUCGCAAAGCUAAGAAGGGUCCUGGUCCCAUUGCUAAGUCCAGCCUUGUACUUGAUGUCAAACCAUGGGAUGAUGAAACAGAUAUGAAUGAGGUUGAAAAACUUGUACGUACCAUCAAAGCAGAGGGUCUGCUAUGGGGUGCUGCCAAAUUGGUUCCAGUUGGGUAUGGUAUCAAGAAAUUGCAGAUUUCUUGUGUCAUCGAAGAUGAUAAAAUCGGAACAGACUUUUUGGAAGAAAGCAUCACUGGCUUUGAAGACUUUGUUCAAAGUGUGGAUGUUGCUGCUUUUAAUAAGAUCUAAUGAAUGAAUCACCUGGACCUGAGUUGAAUGUACACAUAUUAUGUAAUAGUUUGACUGCAAUCAAUGCCGGCUUAUAGCUUACCUUCUGUGGUGUAUUUAUGUUGGUGAAUAAACUAUGAAUUCUCUCGUUUGUACUAUUGGUUGGUGCCAUGGUACCUUCAACACUAACAUAACUCCUUGGGUGUCUCAUUCUUACUGACCAUGAUUUCUUACCAAGUAUGUGUGUGAUCUAACUAAGAUGGUACACUCUUUGCUCACAGAAGUAUUUAGAUUUAGUAAGUUUUAUUCACCCAUGGAGAAACUGGAUGUCAACAUUAAAAGAUUACUCUCAACCAGU